AUUGGCUACUAAACUAGUAUUUAAGACACACUCAAAAUAAUGUUUUACACAACCCAUAUUCAUCAAGAGCUAGCAACUGAGCCAACUCAUCAUCUCUUUAUAAUUUCCUUUGUCGAAAAAUGGUGAAAUUGACUUUGGGUAGCUUUGGUGACUGUUUCAGCUCUACUUCUCUCAAGGCCUAUCUUGCUGAGUUUAAUGCCACCUUUAUUUUCGUUUUUGCUGGUGUUGGAUCUGCCAUAGCUUUCGGUAAGCUGACUAGUGGAGGAGCUUUGGACCCAGCUGGGCUUGUAGCUAUAGCAAUUGCUCAUGCAUUUGCACUGUUUGUUGGAGUGUCUAUUGCUGCAAACAUCUCAGGUGGACAUUUGAAUCCAGCUGUCACCUUUGGAUUGACCAUCGGCGGCCACAUCACCAUCCUAAAUGGCCUUCACUACAUCCUUGCUCAAGUCUGGGGUUCCAUCCUAGCUUGCUUUGUCCUUAAGUUUGUCACUGGAGAGAGUAUCCCAACCCAUGGAUUGGGCGCUGGAGUAGGAAUAGGUCAAGGACUAGUUUUCGAAAUCAUCGCCACCUUCGCACUGGUCUACACCGUUUACGCCACAGCUGCCGACCCCAAGAAGGGCUCACUCGGAACCAUUGCCCCAAUCGCUAUUGGAUUCAUUGUUGGUGCCAACAUCCUUGCCGCAGGCCCAUUCAGCGGUGGAUCCAUGAACCCAGCCCGCUCAUUCGGCCCAGCUGCUGCCUCUGGAGACUUCUCACAGAUCUGGAUCUACUGGGUCGGCCCACUUAUCGGUGGUGGGCUCGCUGGCCUCGUCUACGGUGACAUCUUCAUUGGCUCUUAUGCUCCAGUUGCUUCUUCUGAAGACUAUGCUUAAUCUUAUCUAAUAUUUUAAUUUAAUUAAAAUGGGGGAUUGGGUUGGUUGGUUGGGUUUGUUCAUUUGCUUUUUUUUUUUUUCUUGUGAAUUGGGAUUUUUCAUUUUGUGGUCUUCGAAUUUUAAUUUCAUAAAAGGAGAAAAAGAAAUUGUUAAAAAAAAUGCUUGUUAUUUGUUAAUAAUUAAGCUGUAUAUUACUACUACUACUAUGAGAUCAAUUUGUUUGGAAUUUUAAUUAAGAAGCCUUUUCUUUGAUGA